CUGCCCUCUUUGCCAUGUGACUUCAUGGAACCAAUAAACAUUUAUUGAAUGUUUUCCCGUCACAAUGGGAAGCAACUAUAAAGGAAACGAAACUAAGAAGUGCCGUUCACUGCGCACAUGUCAAAAUGGCUGAGCAGCAGCAGCAGAACAACAUGGACCUGGACCAGAGUCAGCUCUGCUGUUCGGUCUGUCUGGACCUGCUGAAGGAGCCGGUCACCAUUCCCUGUGGACACAAUUACUGCAAAGUCUGUAUUGAGGGAUGCUGGGAGAAGGAGGAGCAGAGAGGAAAGUACAGCUGUCCUCAGUGCAGAGAGGAGUUCAGUCAGAGGCCUGUGCUGAGGAGGAACAACAUGCUGGCUGAGGUUGUUCUGAAGCUGAAGAGGAUGAGCACCCAGCAGGCUUCUCCUCCUGCUGCUGUGACCUGUGCCGGCCCGUCAGACGUCGCCUGUGAUUUCUGCUCUGAGGCCGAACCCAACGCAGCCACCAUGUCCUGCCUGAAUUGUCUGGCGUCUUACUGUCCGACUCACCUCCAGCCUCACUACAGUGUUCCUGUGUUGAAGAAGCACCAGCUGGUCUCUGCUACAGUCCCACUGCAGGAGAAGAUGUGCACGAAGCACAACAAGCUGAUGGAGGUCUUCUGCCAGACGGACAAGACGUGCAUCUGUUAUCUGUGUAUUAUAGAUGAGCAUAAAGGCCACAGUACAGUGUCAGCUGCAGCAGAGACGGCUGAGGAACAGAAACAGCUGACUGUGAGUCAAAAGGAAGUCCAGCAGAGAGAACAGGAACGAGAAAAGGAGCUGAAUCAGCUGAUCAAAGCUCUGAAGGAGUACAAGAGCUGUUGUGGAACUGCAGUGAAGACCAAUGAUGACAUCUUUGAUGAGCUGAUCACCUCCAUUAAGAAGAAACGCACUCUGGUGAAGCAGCUGAUGAAAAACCAGGAGAAGACUGCCGUCGCUAAGGCUGAAGAGCUGCAGCUGCAGCUGGAGGACGAGAUCAGCAAGCUGAGGAGGAGGGACUCUGAACUGGAACAGCUUUCCCAUGUGGACGACAACAUCCACUUCAUUCAGACUUUCAAGUCCCUCUCCAUCUCCUGUGAAAAUCCAGAUUUGCGUGUUGGUCCUUUUGCUUGUCCUGAACGUUCGUUCAGAGCUGUGACUGAUGUCGUGUCUCAGCUGAUGGGUGAUAUAGAUAGGCUCUUGAAUGAAAAAUGGCCCAGGAUCUCCAGGACAGUGUCUUUUACAGAUUUUGUGAUGCCACCUGAACCGGAGACCAGAGAAGACAUGUUAGGCUAUUGCUGUCCUCUAACACUGGAUCAGAACACAGUCUCCAAAUAUUUGACCAUUUCACAAGAAAAUCGGCGGGCGACGAGUGAAAAAAAUCCUAAUUGUUAUUUAGAUAGACGCUUACAUAGGUGGAUUAAUGUCGGAAAUAAUAUCAGGCAGGUGUUGUGCAGCGAGAGUUUGUCAGGGCGAUGUUACUGGGAGGUCACUUGGAGUGGUAGCACCUGGUCUGUGGCCGUGUCAUACAAAGACAUCAGUCAACAAUCCACAUAUGACUCAGAGUUUGGAAAUGACAACAAGUCGUGGAGUCUGGACUGCUCCCAGAAAGGUUACUGUUUCCGACACAAUCGUGGAAGCACAUCAGUGUCAGGCAAUCGAACCUCCACGGUCGGAGUUUACCUGGAUUAUGAGGCAGGUACUUUGUCCUUUUAUAGCAUCAGUGGUACAAACAUGACUCUGCUCCACAAAGUAAAAACCACUUUCACUGAGCCUCUCUAUCCUGGGCUUGGGGUGAAGGAUGAUGGAUCUCAGUCAAGCAGUGGAUCUUAUGCAGAACUGAUCAAACUGUGGUAAUGAAACAUAUAUUUGGGUGGUUGAUGAUUGCCACUGUUGAUCAGGCUGCACUCGGCCCCUUCAGUAUACUAUAGAUGGACAUCAUGACAGAUGGGAGGAUGUGAUUUUUAAUGGUGAAAAAUUAUACAAAUGAAUGUUGAAUCCCACCUCGCCCCAAAUGUUGAGGUCCUGUCAUGUCACCAUCAGCACUCUGAGGAGCUCAGAAUUAUGUCAGUCAUUCAGAAAUGAGAAAUUCCAUUGGCAGGAAUGUGAGGGAUGAUUUCAAUCAAAUUAACAAAGUUAAAUGAACACUAUACAAUAAUAACAUAUGAUCUGAUGAGAGGAUGUGAUUUUACAAUACUGUCCCGCAUAUUUCAAGGUGUUGCUCAGUUUUUGCUUUUGUUGCAGAGUUUUUAUGCUGAUUUCCUCUCGAUCUUCUAAAAAUAGUGACUACUGUUGAGAUGAGGAAUUAGUUGUUUUUUUGUUUGCUUUUUAUGCAUAUAAAAGAUUUUGAAUUGUAAAAAGUCGCUUCGCUACAUCUUCAAACCAGCGCUUUGAGUGAAGUGCUUCAUACUUUGGUUAAACUCGUUCCUGACUGGGGUUUCCAUGUGUUUCUCAUCAGGCACGAUGUGGGUCUGUGCUGAAGGUUUGUCUAAUUUUAAAACAGACUUUUCCAAAAAGGUGUGUCUCAGAGUGCUGUGGCCUUUAAUGCUGAAGUUUGUUUAGUGCAUAUUUUUGUUUAGUUGAAAGAAAAUAAAUCACUUGAGACAUGAUGACUCGAA